AUGUCCUCACAGCCCUACAAUCUCCGAAGCAGGCUGAAUACUCAAGCCCCCUCCCUGCGCUCGACCCCGACUCCUUCGCCCAUCCCUAAGGCCGGAAACGGAGUUGCUCGCAAGGCUCGCUCUACAGACUAUGCGCUCCAGCUGCAGAGAGUGAUUGGGACAACAACAAACGGUCCCAGUGGGCUGGCAUGCUGUCCGAGGACGAGCUCGUACGCCUAUUGCGCCGGAGCGGUAGCGGUCCUGGCGAGGCUCGCUUCCGAUGACACACCUAUACUUCGAUAUUUCAAGGCUCGACCGACUGCGCCUUCACUCAAUCCACCCACUUCUCAUUAUGAAAGCUCACCAUCGACCACGCCUUCCAGGAGGAGGAUUAGCACGUUCACUCCCAGAAAGGUAUUGGAAGAAUAUAACGGUGGCUCUGCGGGUCGCGAAUGGUUGGACGAGUCGGCUGGGCAGACAUGGACGGCAAGAGAGCGUAUUAAGACCGCAGCUUGCGUGGCGCUGAGUCGUGACGGCCACUGGCUGGCAGUUGGGGAGGCGGGAUACAACCCUCGAGUUCUAUUGUUUUCAACAGCCGAAGAAGCUUCCUGCGAUGUACCCACUUCCAUCGUCAUGGACCACACCUAUGGCCUGAGAUGCAUAGCUUUCAGCUCCGACACAAAACAUCUGGCGACUCUGGGCGACUAUAAGGACGGAUUCCUGUUCGUCUGGUCGUGUAAUGUCAAGACCGGUCAAUUGAGUCUACACUCGGCGAACAAGUGCACUGCCAACAUUUUUGAUAUGACGUGGUGCGGCAAUAAUGUGAUCACGGUUGGCACGAGAUGCGUUCGACUCUGGCAGAUACAAGGGGCAACAAAGCAAUCACCCACCAGGAGAUUGAGAUAUCGCCCGUCCGAAGCACCCUCGUCGAGCCCCGGGCCGGUUCCAUUACAAAGCCGUAAUGUUCUGCUGGGUCCCAUGGUGGACAGCACAUUUACAUGUGCUGUAUCAGUCGACGAAGUCAACGUCGUAAUUGGUACCGAAACUGGGCAGAUAUGUUUGGUCGAUGUGGCUCAGAACGUGCUGGAACUCAAGGUUAUGAAGAAACUGGACUUCUCCAUCACCUCCAUCGCCUUCAUCCCUGAAGACAGAAAACUGCUGAUUGGCACUCCUCAUGGUGUGCACAGCGAACAGUUUGACGUUUUGCGGAAAGAGGAAAACAAGUCGCCUUCCAAGCUCUUGUCGCGGAAACCUCGCUUGUCGUCCAUUCGACGCUCACUCGGCCUGCUUGACCAGGCAGAGAGAAGUUUAGUGGCGAUUGGGACCCUCAGAGACCACACAAUUACGUUGAACAACGAUGGUUGUCUACAAAUCCAGCAUCGCGGCUUGGAGGAUGGGGACAAUCUGCAACCAACAUUUGCAGCUCACAAAAGUGUCAUUCUGGGAGUUCGGACACUUCCCGAGUCCGCUGCCCAAGGCAACUUUUUCACCUACUCGAAAAAUGGAGAAAUCAAGUUCUGGAGUUGCAAUGGCGCACUACUGAAACAAGAGAGUCUACUUCCUGAUACAGCCGAGUCAAGGGACGACGACUUUGAAAAUGAGCUGACCCAGAUGCGCUUUCUCUUCCCGCAAAAUAUCUUCAUUGCUGGUGAUCGAUUUGGGUUAUUGAAAUUGAUCAAGGGCCGCGAUUGGCAAAUUGCACAUACCAUCAGGGCACACAGCGCAGAGAUCACCUCUAUUGACGUUCUGGAGUCUGGAUCACUCGUUGCGACAUGUAGCAGAGACCGGAUGAUCCAAUUAUUUCACAUCAACAGCGAUUCCUUUGAGCUUCUACAGACGAUGGAUGACCACGUUGGAUCCGUCAAUCAAGUGAUGUUCGUCCAGAAGGGUGAGAAAAUACUCUCUUGUUCUACAGAUCGGUCUCUGGUCAUUCGCGAGCGGAUGCUGCGACAGCCAGAUGGUGGAAAAGCCGUGGCCUAUCUCGCUACCAAGUUUUUGACGCUCAAAGGCACUCCGCUGUCGAUGGCGAUGGCGGCGGAGAACACCUUGAUCGUUUCGACCAUGGACCGGCGUGUUACAAAUGUCGAUAUCUCGACCGGCACGAUGCUUGACUCAUUCAAGGUUGGAGACGCCGAAAGUGACGAUACCGUUUUUCUGAAUUCGAUGGUCUGCUCCUCGAUCCCAGACAACCCAGACCAAAAGAUGCUGAUCGGAUACUGCUCCAUGGACAAAUCUAUCCGAGUCUACAAUGAAAGGAAUUUCACCCUUCUAGCCCGAGAAUCUGGACACACGGAGGGAGUAAGUGAUAUCGCUCUCCUCGAACAGCCCGAUAGUUCUAGCCCUGGGUCUCGGUGUACAGUCGUAAGCACGGGAUUGGAUGGCACCAUCAUGAUCUGGAGCAUCUCAAAGACAGCCCCUUUCUUACUUACGCCAAAUAUCCCACAAGGACAAGCUGGAGGCUUCGGUCUGGUGGCCGAUGAGACUGAGGUGGUUAAACCGACGCCUUCGUCACUUCCGCCACUGAGAAAGGUUUUGACGAAGAGUGACAUAGCAGAACUCCUAGGGGCCAAUGGACAAAUGUCGCCUUCUACUCCUCGGUCUCUAUCGCCAGUGCGGUUGCAGCGCAAGACGUCAAGACUUGCUCUUGUGACGUCCCUCGAAGACCUCGAAGAAACACCUAGUAGGCAACCUGGUUUGCCUGCAGAACGCGGCGAAUCACCAAGUGGCGAGAAAGCAGAGAUUCGACGUUCACCCUCUCCGCCGCCACGUGGGCCAUCGAAAUUGAGAAACCAAAGAUCUCGGGCAGACAUUAGCAAGGAUGUCGAGUCUAAAAGAACACCAUUGGCAGAGCGCUCGCCCUCACCACCGGCAGCAGCAGUCUCGAUGCCCGGCACACCGAAACAGCGGCAAAAGGCCAACAACGGCCGAUUGCGAAGACCACCUUCGGUUCCUUCUGAUCUGCGGGCUCAAGCUGCAGCCCAAGGCCGCCGGCAGAGUAUGAGCCAAGCAUCUGAUUUUGGCAGUUUGGCCAUGGCAACCGAUCAAGCGACGCGAAUGCUAAAAAUAUAUAAGAAAAAGUUAACCAUCAGCAAAGAGGUAGUGGAUCUUGAUGAUCUGGAAUCCGAACUAUCUGGGCUCUUGAAGAAUAUUCGAGAGAGAAAGAACAGAACACACUCGGAACAACAGCAGGACGCCAGGGCAGUAAGCACGAGUGACAAUGCAAAGGCUGCAACUGAGGGCGAGGUUGAUCAAUUGGCCAUCUUGUUGGAGGGAUCAAGCAUAAGUCGAUCUCCGACAGCAGCUACGGACAGCAAGGAUAUAUCAGUGUCCAAUGCAUGA